GGAGCCUUGCCUGGCCAAACACUGCGCACUACACUCGUCGGGAUUGCAAAACAUUCCUGAGAAAUAUACCUGCUAUUUAUGGCAUGUGGCUGGUAACUUUAUUCCUGCUGUAUUCUUUUCAAGAAGUGCACAGUGAGGAUGAGGGCUCUACGCGGCUGUACUUUGUGAACGCCUCCCUGCAGAGGGUGACGUUCUCCAGCUCGGUGGGGGUGUCCCUGCCCUGCCCCGCUGGCGGCGCCCCCCACGCCGUCCUGCGCUGGUACCUGGCCACCGGCGACGACAUCUACGACGUCCCGCACAUCCGCCAUGUCCACGCCAACGGCACGCUGCAGCUCUACCCCUUCUCCCCCUCCGCCUUCAACAGCUUCAUCCACGACAACGACUACUUCUGCACCGCCGAGAACCAGGCCGGCAAGAUCGCAGCCCCAGCAUCGCGUCAAGGCCGCCCCUCCCUGCCUGAUUGGGCCUUCUCUGUGCCUCUGUGCCCCUCGUGCUCAGGCCGUCUCCGUGCCGCUGUGCCCCUCUUCCUGCUGGUUGGCAGAGCCGAGCCUGCGGAGGAGAGGCAGACAGUGUGCCCGUGCCCGCACGGCAUGCUGGGACAGAUCUGCGAGGGCGUGGAGACCCGCGCUGCAGAGGAGGCGCUGUUUGGACCGCCCCCUCGCUCCGCUCAGCGUGUUCCGCGGUUGCCACGGGCGACGGGCUGUGACUGGCAGGUGUUCAGGGAGCCCUACACAGUGCGAGUGGCUGACCAGCGCUCCAUGCGGGGCAACGUAGCCGUCUUCAAGUGCCUCAUCCCAGCAGCCGUGCAGGAGUACGUCAGCGUGGUGUCCUGGGAGAAGGACACAGUCUCCAUCGCCGCAGACCCCCUGCGCGUGACCCUCUCCCCUAAGAACCUGAAGACGGGGAUCAGCAGCACGGUGAUCCUGUCCUGCGCGGUGCAGGGCUCUCCCCAGUUCACCGUGUCCUGGUUCCGCAACACGGAGCCCGUGUCCCCCGACCAGCACUUCUCCAUCCAGGGGUCCCACAACGAGACCCUGUUCAUCAGCGCCGCGCAGAAACCCCACUCAGGGGCCUACCAGUGCUUCGCCACGCGCAAGGGCCAAACCGCGCAGGACUUCUCCAUCAUCCUGCUGGAGGACGGGACGCCCCGCAUCGUGUCCUCCUUCAGCGAGCGCGUGGUGGCCCCCGGGGAGCCCUUCUCGCUGAUGUGCGCGGCGAAAGGGGCCCCCCCCCCCACCAUCACCUGGACGCUGGACGACGAGGCGGUGGCGCGCGACCCCACGCACCGGGCCAGCCAGUACACGCUGUCGGACGGGAGCACCGUGUCCCACGUCAACGUCAGCAGCCCGCAGAUCCGCGACGGAGGGGUGUACCGCUGCGCAGCCCGAAACUCGGCCGGCAGCGCAGAGUACCAAGCGCGCAUAAACGUAAGAGGGUCCCCCAGUAUCCGGGCGAUGCGGAACAUCACGGCGGUGGCCGGGCGGAACACCUACAUCACGUGCCGCGUGAUUGGCUACCCGUACUACUCCAUAAAGUGGUACAAGGACGCGCUGCUGCUGCCGGAUAACCACCGGCAGGUGGUGUACGAGAACGGCACUCUGAAGCUGAGCGACGUGCAGAAGGGCAUGGACGAGGGCGCCUACGUCUGCAGCGUGCUCAUCCUGCCCCAGCUCUCCAUCAGCCAGAGCGUCUACGUCACCGUCAAAGUGCCCCCCCUGAUCCAGCCCUUCGACUUCCCCCCCACCUCCAUCGGGAAGCUCAUGUACAUCGCGUGCGUGGUGUCGUCCGGCGACAUGCCCAUCCGCAUCACCUGGCGCAAGGACGGGCAGGAGAUCGUGCCGGGGUCGGCCGGGGUCAACAUCGAGACCAAGGAGUUCAUGAGCUCGCUGCAGAUCUCCAAGGUGUCGCUCGAGCACAACGGCAACUACACCUGCAUCGCCAGCAACGACGCGGCCACCGUCAGCUCCGAGAGGCAGCUCAUCGUCACCGUACCCCCACAGUUCAUCGUCCAGCCCAACAACCAGGAUGGUAUCUACGGCAAGGCGGGGGUUCUGAACUGCUCCGUCAACGGCUACCCCCCUCCCAAAGUCAUGUGGAAACAUGCCAAAGGAAUCGGAAACCCCCAGCAGUACCACCCCGUCCCCCUGACCGGGCGGAUCCAGAUCAUGUCUAAUGGGUCGCUGCUGAUCCGCCACGUUCUGGAGGAGGAUCGUGGGUACUACCUGUGUCAGGCCAGCAAUGGAGUGGGCUCAGAUAUCAGCAAGAGCAUGCUCCUGACCGUCAAGAUCCCGGCCAUGAUCACGUCGCACCCCAACACCACCAUGGCCAUCAAGGGCGAGGACAAGGAGCUGAACUGCACCGCGCGCGGAGAGUGGCCCAUCAUCAUCCGCUGGGAGCGCGGCGACACGGUCAUCGACCCCGACCGCAACCCCCGCUACACCAUCACCACCAGCCCCAACGAGAAGAGCGACGAGGUCAUCUCCACGCUCAAGCUGAAGCCAGCUGACCGUGGAGACUCUGUGUUCUUCUCCUGCCAUGCCAUCAAUUCGUAUGGAGAAGGACGUGGGCUGAUCCAGCUAACCGUGCAAGAGCCCCCGGACCCCCCUGAGCUGGAGGUGCGGGAGGUGAAGGACCGCAGCAUGAACCUCCGCUGGACCCAGCGGUUCGACGGCAACAGCAUCAUCACCAGCUUCGACAUCGAGUACAAGAACAAGUCCGACCCCUGGGAGCUGAAGCACGCCACCCGCAAGAUCUCGCCCACCAACAACCAGGCCAACAUCGUGGAGCUUCACCCGGCCAGCGUCUACAGCAUCCGCAUGUACUCCUACAACAAGAUCGGCCGCAGUCAGGCCAGCAAGGAGCUGACCAUCAGCACCGAGGAAGCCCAGCCUGACGGCCCCCCCAUGGAGGUGAUCCUGCAGCCUAUGACAUCGCAGAGCAUUCGGGUCACUUGGAAGGCUCCGAAGAAGGAGCUGCAGAACGGGGUCAUCCGGGGUUACCAGAUCGGUUACCGGGAGAACGGGCCGGGCAGCAACGGCCAGUACAGCAUCGUGGAGAUGAAGGCCACGGGCGACAGCGAGGUCUACACCCUGGACAAGCUCAAGAAGUUCGCCCAGUACGGCGUGGUCGUGCAGGCCUUCAACCGGGCCGGGACCGGGCCCUCCAGCUCAGAGAUCAACGCCACCACGCUGGAGGACGUGCCCAGCCAGCCGCCCCAGAACGUGCGGGCCAUCACCGUCACCUCUGACGAGGCGGUGAUCACAUGGUCAGAGCCCCCACGCAUGACCCUGAACGGGGUUCUGAAGGGCUACCGCGUGGUGUUCUGGUCCCUGUUCCCUGAUGGAGAAUGGGGUGAGAUGCAGAACAUCACUACCUCUCGAGAGCAGGUGGAUCUGAAGGGGCUGGAGAAGUUCACAAACUACAGCGUGCAGGUGCUGGCAUUCACACAGGCCGGGGACGGGGUGAGGAGCAACGUGCUGUACAUCCAGACCAGAGAGGACCAUCCGGGUCCUCCAGCGGGGAUCAAGGCUGUCCCCUCCUCAGCCAGCAGUGUGGUGGUGUCCUGGCUACCCCCCCACAAGCCAAAUGGUAUCAUCCGCAAGUACACCAUCUACUGCUCUAGCCCCGGGUCCGGACAACCGGCGCCCAGCGAGUACGAGGCCAAUCCGGAGCUGCUGUUCUACCGCAUCACGCACCUGAACCGCGGCCAGCAGUACCUCAUCUGGGCCGCCGCCGUCACCACCGCCGGCCGCGGGAACAUCAGCGAGAAGGUGACCGUGGAGCCUGCUGGGAAGGCCCCUGCUAAGAUCCUGUCGUUCGGGGGCACGGUGACCACGCCCUGGAUGAAGGAGGUGCGCCUGCCCUGCAGCUCGGUGGGAGAGCCCACGCCCACCAUCAAGUGGACCAAAGACAGUGAGGACUCAGCCAUCCCAGUGACACUGGAUGGUCACCGGCUGAUCCUGGCCAAUGGCACGCUGGUGCUGCGCUCUGUGAAAGCAGAGGACUCUGGGUACUACACCUGCACUGCCACCAACACCCUGGGGUUUGACACCAUCAUUGUGAACCUGCUGGUGCAAGUGCCCCCGGAUCAGCCACGCCUCACCGUCUCCACCACCUCCACCUCCUCCAUCACCCUGGCCUGGAUCCCCGGAGACAACGGGGGCAGCUCCAUCAGAGGCUUCGUGCUGCAGUACUCAGUGGACAACACGGAGGAGUGGAGGGACGUGUUCAUCAGCUCCAGCGAGCGCUCCUUCAAGCUGGACAACCUGCGCUGCGGCACCUGGUACAAGGUCAAGCUGGCGGCCAAGAACAGCGUGGGGGCGGGCCGCAUCAGCGAGAUCAUCGAGGCCAAGACCCACGGCCGCGAGCCCCAGUUUAACAAGGACCAGCCGCUCUUCACGCACAUCAACUCCACCCACGCCCGGCUCAACCUGCAGGGCUGGGCCAGCGGCGGCUGCCCCAUCACGGCCGUGCUGCUGGAGUUCCGGCCCAAGGGCACCUGGGCGUGGCAGAACCUGCGCACCAACGCCUCGGCCGACGUGUUCCUGGCCGAGCUGCGCGAGGCCACCUGGUACGAGCUGAAGAUGAAGGCCUGCAACAGCGCCGGCUGUGGGAACCAGAGCUCCCAGUUCGCCACGCUGGACUACGACGGGAGUACCAUCCCGCCCAUAAAGUCUGCACGGGGCGAGGGGGACGACGUGAAGAAGCUCUUCACCAUCGCCUGCCCCGUCAUCCUGGUCACCCUCGGCCUGGCCCUGCUCUUCAUCAUCCGCAAGAAGCGCAAGGAGAAGAGGCUGAAACGGCUGAGGGAUGCCAAGAGCUUGGCGGAGAUGCUCAUCAGUAAGAACAAUCGGAGUUUCGACACCCCUGUGAAGGGCCCCCCCGCGGGCCCCCGGCUCCAUAUCGACAUCCCCCGCGUCCAGCUGCUCAUCGAGGACAAGGAGGGCAUCAAGCAGCUCGGUGAAGACAAGGCCACCAUCCCCGUGACAGACACAGAGUUCAGCCAAUCGGUGAACCCGCAGAGCUUCUGUACGGGCGUGUCCGUGCACCACCCCGCCCUCAUCCAGAACACCGGCCCCCUGAUUGACAUGUCCGACAUACGCCCAGGGACCAACCCGGUGUCCAGGAAGACGGUGAAGUCGGCGCACAGCACGCGGAACCGCUACUCCAGCCAGUGGACGCUCACCAAGUGCCAGGCCUCCACCCCCGCCCGCACCCUGACCUCCGACUGGCGCACCGUGGGCUCCCAGCACGGCAUCACCGUCACCGAGAGCGACAGCUACAGCGCCAGCCUGUCGCAGGACACCGACAAGGGGCGGAACAGCAUGGUGUCGACGGAGAGCGCCUCCUCCACCUACGAGGAGCUGGCGCGGGCCUACGAGCACGCCAAGCUGGAGGAGCACCUGCAGCACGCCAAGUUCGAGAUCACCGAGUGCUUCAUCUCCGACAGCUCCUCCGACCAGAUGACCACGGGCACCAACGACAACGCCGACAGCAUGACCUCCAUGAGCACGCCCUCGGAGCCCGGCAUCUGCCGCUUCACCGCCUCGCCGCCCAAGCCCCAGGACUACGACCGCGGCAAGAACGUGGCCGUGCCCAUCCCGCACCGCGCCAACAAGAGCGACUACUGCAACCUGCCGCUGUACAUGAAGUCGGACCCUUUUUUCCGGAAGCAGUCGGACCUGCACGACCCGUGUCCGGUGGUGCCGCCGCGCGAGGCGUCCAUCCGCAGCCUGGCGGCCCGGGCGUACCACACGCAGUCGCGGCACCUGACUCUGGACCCGGGCAAGCAGGGCCUGACGCUGGGGCACGCCGGGCUGGGGGCCGGGGCGGGCGGGGCCUCGGGAACAGCCACGCUGCCCCAGAGGACCCUCACCAUGCCCGGCCCGGCUUCCCAGAGCGCGGCCGGCGCGGCCGCCUCCGCCGUGGCCAGCGCCUCGUCCUCCGCCGUCUCCGGGGCGACGGGGGGCGGGGCGGGCGCGGGCGGGAACCCCGCCGCCGCCGCCGCCGCCGCCAAAGUGGGCGGCUCCAGGGACUCACUGCUGGAGAGCAGCUCCUCCGGCCUGGGCAGACUGCAGAAGCAAGGCGCCGGGGCCUACUCCAAGUCCUACACGCUGGUGUAG